AUGGUGUGGUGUGGGGGGGAGGGGGUGCUGGAGGGCGGAUGGGGGGGGGCCUCCGGUUGGCGUGGAGGAGCAGUCUCGCAGGGUGCGCGCAGGGGUGUCGGGGGCCAGGGGCCUGGUGGGGGCGUCAAGCGCGGGUGGGUGGGGGAUAGGGGGCGCGGGUUUAGGGGGGUUGGGGGGGGGGGUAGGGGGGGGAUCGACGCGGGGGAAGGUGGUGGGAGGGGCGGAGUGGGAGGGGAGGGGGGGGUGGGUGCAGGGGUUGUGGGGCGGGGGGGACGCGAGGGGCGGAGCGGGGGUGGUGGUGGGGGCAGGGGGUGGUUGCGCUUGGGCCGGGGGGGGGGGGGGGAAGGGUCUGGGCAUGGGGGGGUGGGGGGGGGUGGAGGGGUGCUGCGGGGGGGGUUGGGGGGGGGCCGAGUAGUGGGGGGGUGGUUGCGGGGGGCGGGGGGGGUGGGGGGGGGGGGGGGGGUGAUGUGCGGGGGGAUGGUCCACGUGGGUGGUAGGGUGGAGGUGGGGGGGGGGGUGGGUGGGAGUCUGAGGGGGGGGGGGGGUGGGUGUGGGGGGGGGGGCGGCUACCUGGGGGGGGGGGGUCGGGGAGGGGACCGCGGGGGUGAGGGGGAGGGGGGGGGAGGGGAUGAGCGAGUAGGGUUGGGUGGUGGGGGGGGGGGGGGCGGGGAGUGGAGGAGUCCAACGGGGGGGGGGGGGGGGGGGGGGGGGGGGGGGGGGGGGGGGGGGGGGGGGGGGGGGGGGGGGGGGGGGGGGGGGGGGGGGGGGGGGGGGGGGGGGGGGGGGGGUGGGGGGGGGGGGGGGGGGGGGGGGGGGGGGGGGGGGGGGGGGGGGGGGGGGGGGGGGGUAGGUGGGGGGGGGGGGGGGGGGGGGGGGGGGGGGGGGGGGGGGGGGGGGGGGGGGGGGGGGGGGGGGGGGGGGGGGGGGGGGGGGGGGGGGGGGGGGGGGGGGGGGGGGGGGGGGGGGGGGGGGGGUGGGGGGGGGGGGGGUGGGGGGGGGGGGGGGGGGGGGGGGGGGGGGGGGGGGGGGGGGGGGGGGGGGGGGGGGGGGGGGGGGGGGGGGGGGGGGGGGGGGGGGGGGGGGGGGGGGGGGGGGGGGGGGGGGGGGGGGGGGGGGGGGGGGGGGGGGGGGGGGGGGGGGGGGGGGGGGGGGGGGGGGGGGGGGGGGGGGGGGGGGGGGGGGGGGGGGGGGGGGGGGGGGGGGGGGGGGGGGGGGGGGGGGGGGGGGGGGGGGGGGGGGGGGGGGGGGGGGGGGGGGGGGGGGGGGGGGGGGGGGGGUGGGGGGGGGGGGGGGGGGGGGGGGGGGGGGGGGGGGUGGGGGGGGGGGGGGUGGGGGGGGGGGGGGGGGGGGGGGGGGGGGGGGGGGGGGGGGGGGGGGGGGGGGGGGGGUGGGGGGGGGGGGGGGGGGGGGGGGGGUGGGGGGGGGGGGGGGGGGGGGGGGGGGGGGGGGGGGGGGGGGGGGGGGGGGGGGGGGGGGGGGGGGGGGGGGGUGGGGGGGGGGGGGGGGGGGGGGGGGGGGGGGGGGGUGGGGGGGGGGGGGGGGGGGGGGGGGGGGGGGGGGGGGGGGGUGGGGGGGGGGGGGGGGGGGGGGGGGGGGGGGGGGGUGGGGGGGGGGGGGGGGGGGGGGGGGGGGGGGGGGGGGGGGGGGGGGGGGGGGGGGGGGGUGGGGGGGGGGGGGGGGGGGGGGGGGGGGAGGGGGGGGGGGGGGGGGGGGGGGGGGGGGGGGGGGGGGGGGGGGGGGGGGGGGGGGGGGGGGGGGGGGGGGGGGGGGGGGGGGGGGGGGGGGUGGGGGGGGGGGGGGGGGGGGGGGGGGGGGGGGGGGGUGGGGGGGGGGGGGGGGGGGGGGGGGGGGGGGGGGGGGGGGGGGGGGGGGGGGGGGGGGGGGGGGGGGGGGGGGGGGGGGGGGGGGGGGGGGGGGGGGGGGGGGGGGGGGGGUGGGGGGGGGGGGGUGGGGGGGGGGGGGGGGGGGGGGGGGGGGGGGGGGGGGGGGGGGGGGGGGGGGGGGGGGGGGGGGGGGGGGGGGGGGGGGGGGGGGGGGGGGAGGGGGGGGGGGGGGGGGGGGGGGGGGGGGGGGGGGGGGGGGGGUGGGGGGGGGGGGGAGGGGGGGGGGGGGGGGGGGGGGGGGGGGGGGGGGGGGGGGGGGGGGGGGUGGGGGGGGGGGGGGGGGGGGGGGGGGGGGGGGGGGGGGGGGGGGGGGGGGGGGGGGGGGGGGGGGAGGGGGGGGGGGGGGGGGGGGGGGGGGGGGGGGGGGGGGGGGGGGGGGGGGGGGGGGGUGGGGGGGGGGGGGGGGGGGGGGGGGGGGGGGGGGGGGGGGGGGGGGGGGGGGGGGGUGGGGGGGGGGGGGGGGGGGGGGGGGGGGGGGGGGGGGGGGGGGGGGUGGGGGGGGGGGGGGGGGGGGGGGGGGGGGGGGGGGGGGUGGGGGGGGGGGGGGGGGGGGGGGGGGGGGGGGGGGGGGGGUGGGGGGGGGGGGGGGGGGGGGGGGGGGGGGGGGGGGGGGGGGGGUGGGGGGGGGGGGGGAGGGGGGGGGGGGGGGGGGGGGGGGGGGGGGGGGGGGGGGGGGGGGGGGGGGGGGGGGGGGGGGGGGGGGGGGGGGGGGGGGGGGGGGGGGGGGGGGGGGGGGGGGGUGGGGGGGGGGGGGGGGGGGGGGGGGGGGGGGGGGGGGGGGGGGGGGGGGGGGGGGGGGGGGGGGGGGGGGGGGGGGGGGGGGGGGGGGGGGGGGGGGGGGGGGGGGGGGGGGGGGGGGGGGGGGGGGGGGGGGGGGGGGGGGGGGGGGGGGGGGGGGGGGGGGGGGGGGGGGGGGGGGUGGGGGGGGGGGGGGGGGGGGGGAGGGGGGGGGGGGGGGGGGGGGGGUGGGGGUGGGGGGGGGGGGGGGGGGGGGAGAGAGGGGGGGGUGGUGGGGGGGGGGGGGGGGGGGGGGGGGGGGGGGGGGGGGGGGGGGGGGGGGGGGGGGGGGGGGGGGGGGGGGGGGGGGGGGGGGUGGGGGGGGGGGUGGGGGGGGGGGGGGGGGGGGGGGGGUGGGGGGGGGGGGGGGGGGGGGGGGGGGGGGGGGGGGGGGUGGGGGGGGGGGGGAGGGGGGGGGUGGGGGGGGGGGGGGGGGGGGGGGGGGGGGGGGGUGGGGGGGGGGGGGUGGGGGGGGGGGGGGGGGGGGGUGGGGGGGGGGGAGGGGGGGGGGGGGGGGGGUUUGUUGGGACUGGUGGUUUGGGUGUUGUUGUGUAGGGGUAGGGCUUGGAGGGGGGGGGGUCGUGUGGGGGGGGGGGGGUGGGGGGGGUGGGGGUUGGGUGAUGGGGGGUGGGGGGUUCGGAGUUUGGGGAGGGCGGGGGGCUGGGGGGGUGGGGCGGGGGGGUGUUGA